AUGCCAACGCAAAGGCCCGCCCGCCGGUCCGUCAAACGACGGAAAACAGGUCACCAAAAUUGCCGUAAUCGACGGAUUAAAUGCGAUGAGCAAUCACCCUGUGGAUAUUGUAAUCGCCGCGGCCUAGAGUGCAAAAAGGCCGACUUUAUUGUACCAGAGCGAUGGGGAAACACGCCAGAGCCUACAAGGGCAGGCGAGGAAUCACAGCCUGCAACAAGAGGAACAGCACCAAGCUCGCAGAGACAAACUACACCAGAAGGCGAUCCUCACAUACCAGAAUCAACAUAUGAGAUCUUCCAGCAUGUAUUCAGCGUUGACAAUGACCAUCUGCCCACAUCUGAUCUACGCUCUACAAUCACAUCUGAUAACAUCCUAACGGAAGAAAAAGCCGGGCUGUUACGAUUCUACCAGGAGGGAAUCGGAGUGUGGAUGGAUAUAUUUGACCAUUCACAUACAUAUCAGAAUGAUAUCGUCCGGUAUUCCCUCUCAUCACCGCUUCUCAUGCACGCCGUCUGCGCCCUCUCAGCGAACCAAAUGAGUCUGAUCCAGAAUAAAUACCUCUGGGGACCUGUGUCUUCCCGGUUCUACGGGCAGAGUCUUAGUCUUCUGAUUAACGAGCUUACAAAACAGAGUAGUAGAGCCGACGGCGAACUUCUACUAGCUGCUACAAUAUUAUUAGGAAGUUAUGAGCUGCUCGCGCAGCCGGGCAUCGACUACCAGAGACAUCUGUACGGCGCACAAACCUUAAUAUUCUCUCGGAAUAUUGGACAACAGGGGACGUCGCUUGAAAAGGCUAGUUUUUGGAUCUUUGCGAGGCAGGAUGUUGCUUUGGCUUUGGUGAAUGAGCGUCCGACGUUGGUUCCGCCGGUGAAAUGGCCAGUGCCACCGGAGAGUCCACCCGCUGCUGUUGAGGAUGCCUUUGGAAUGAGAAUUCUCUGGUUGCUAGCUCGAGUGGUUGAAGUCAAGUUUGGGUCACCAAAUGGCGGAGUGUCUAAUAUACAGCGCGAGAGGGUAGAAAGCCUCGUGGCCGAGAUCGACUUGGCCUGGGCUGGGCUUCCUUCGCAUGUCCGCGGUGUUCCCAUGAAACAGUCUCAUUCGGAGGAUGAGGGAUUGACUAGGGUCUGGUUUUGUGUGCCUUCAGCAUCGGCUGCAUGUCUUUAUUACCACAUGGCAAAGAUCUUGACAUAUGAAUUUCUGUUGGAGCAAACACGGCUUCCAUCAAGACAGUCAGACGAUAUGUUGAGAUCGAUUGGACACCAUGCUCGAGCAAUUGCCUCGAUCUGCUUGUUUUCGGAUCUUGCCGACGGUGCACUGGUAGUGGCUGUCAACCCUAUCUUCUAUGCAGCAAAAUACAUCCCUUCAAUGGCACUCAAAACGAGGCUAUGGGGUAUACUUGAUCGCAUUGAAACACGACUGGGCUUCUAUACGCGAGAUAGACAGACCCAGCUGCAGCUGGAACUGAAGAAAUAG